AUGCUGACGUUACCUAUCAGUCUCAAUCUCGCAGAGCAAAGAGAGCUUUCGUCUCGGCUCGAAAAGAGGCAGAUGAAUGAGUUUAUGACAACAUUCACCGGCCUCGUCCAGACUUGCUUCGAUGAUUGCAUCAACGAUUUCACGUCUAAAGCGACAACUCCAAGAGAGCAAGGUUGUGUGUCAAAGUGUUUCGAGAAGCAGAUGAAGGCUACUGAGCGACUUGGCGAACGAUUUCAGGAGCAAAAUGCAGCACUGCAGGCAGAGCAGUUUGGGAAAUAG